AUGCCCGACAUGGCCUCCGCCAUAUUGAACAACGCCGUGGCCACGGUGCCGGACCCGGCAAUUAGGAUUCUUACUCCUUUCGAACUACUGGUGGUCUUCCUUCUCCAUCUCAACUUCAUCUUCAUCCCCAUUGAACUGUUCUUCAUUUGGCGACUGGAGCGUGACCGACAGAACCAGCAUCCCGCCACCGUUGCCCACUACAAAGCCGCUAAGGGCGCGGGAACGGUCGUCUUCAUCGGCUUCGCGAUCUGUUGCGCUAUCAUAAAGUACCGCUACUUUGCCGGCUACACCCAGCCGCUCUGA